GUUUACAUUUCUAGAGCCACAGACGCAAUCGUGUCGGUAUUACAAGUGAUCGGAGAAAGUGAUGCUGAUAAACUUUGGGAGGCCUUACAGUCUUCAAAAGCAGUAGAUAAAGUCCUUGGAACGUCUGAAUCUGGAGAUACGAAAUAUCUUAGAGCACUAGCGGAAACGUAUGAAAAUGCUAGUAGUUGGGAUACAAAGAGACAAAUACUUGCUAUCAUGGCUGAUUUGGUCACCUUCAAAGAGCUUCAAAAGUUCAUCCCAGAUAUAACUGAAUAUCGAUUCAAAAUAGCUAGACUUCAUWUAAAACGAUACGGGCGCGGUUCCCCUCUACCAGAAAACAAGAGUCCUAGAAUGAGAGUAGAUGAAGACCAGUUGGACAAUUUCUUAUCUUUUAUAACAAGUAGUCACGUGGUACAGGACCUACCUUUCGGUCAAAGGUAUCUUCACCUAUCUAAUGGCRRGGUGUUAGAAACGCCAAAURUAAUAAGGACUAUGAUUCCACAAAGAAUCAUUGAACAAUAUAACCAGWUUUGUAAGGAAAGUAGCAUAAAGCCCAUGAGUCCCUCAACACUUCAUCGUAUAUUGUUAGUUUGCACUGCAUCUGUCAGGAAAUCAUUACAAGGACUAGACUACUAUGCAGCGGAUGGUGGGAAGGCUUUCGAUGAUUUAUCUGAAAUUGUCAAAAAACUACGACUACAUGGUGGGGAUAGCACAUGGUUCAAGGAUUUAGAGGGCGCACUGAAGAGAGGAAAGUCUUACAUAAAGUAAG